GGAUGCCACCUAGUUGCUCAACUCACACCACAUCCUCUCAAUUCGGCAGCUAGCCACGCUUGUCCAGCUCGCAGAUAAUCUCGAGAGAGAGAGGGAGCUAUGGUGGCUGUGGAUGCCUCCACAGGGGUGAUGAACGCCCUCCUGUGCAAGCUCUCCAAGCUGCUGGAGGACGAGUACUCCAGGCUCAAAGGCGUGCGCCGUCAGAUAACUUUCCUGAGGGACGAGCUGAGCAGCAUGAACGCCGUGCUGGAGACGCUCGCCGACGCGGAGCAGCUCGACCCUCUCAAGAGGGAAUGGCGGGACAAGGUGCGCGAGCUCUCCUACGACAUAGAGGAUUGCAUCGACGACUUCGUGGACCGCGGCGAGGAGCUGCGGACAGGCCUCAAGGGGUUCUUCAGCAAGCUGAGGAAGCUCAAGGCCCGCCGCGAGAUCGCCGGCGAGAUAGAGCAGCUCAAGAUCCGCACCAUCGAGGCGAGCGAGAGGCGCAGGAGGUAUGACUUUCUUGAGCCGGCCCAGAGUUCUGGCGCUUCUUCUGCGUCGACCCUCGGCUGCCGGCGCUGUACGAGGAUGCGGCUAGGCUUGUGGGCAUCGAUGGCCCCAAGGAGCAUAUCCUUGGCUGGUUCUGCAAGGAGAAGGAGCAUGAUGACCUCAGGGUGUUGCCGAUUGUGGGUUCCGGAGGCCUUGGCAAGACCACUCUUGCAAACCAAGUGUACUGUCAGUUAAAAGGCCAAUUUCAGUGCACAGCUUUUGUGUCGGUGUCUCGGAAUCCAAACAUGCAGAAGAUUUUACGGCAAAUGCUCACGGAGUUUGGGAUCAGCGGUGGUGCACUGGAUGAGGAACGGCAACUCAUCGACAGGAUAAGAGACCACCUCAAAGAUAAAAGGUACUUGGUUGUAAUUGAUGAUGUAUGGGACGUCGAAGCAUGGAAAGCUAUCAGGCUUGCUCUGUUCAACAAAUAAGUGCGGUAGCAGAAUCAUCACCACAACGCGUAACGUUGCCAUCGCAUCAUAUUGCUCAGGCGACAGCAGUUAUGUUUAUCAAAUGGAGUCCCUUAAUUCUUCCGACUCCAGACGGCUAUUUUUUAAAAGAUCAUUUGGUUCAGAAGAACUGUGCUACCCUCACCUGGAAGAAGUUUCUAGCCAGAUAUUGGCAAAAUGUGGUGGACUUUCAUUGGCGAUUAUUACCUUGUCCAGCUUGUUAGCUGACAAGCAUGCAAACGAUGAAUGGAACAGGGUGGAGUGAAUAGCAAAAAACUACCACAUUACGGGCUAUCGUUCCGAAAAACUACCGCUUUUUUAAAUUUUUCAAAAAACUACCACAAAAGUUGCUGGCUGUUCCAAAAAACCCA